CGGUCUGGACUGAGUUGCUUUGGUAGUUACCAUGGAGUUGCACUGAGUAAAACUGAGGUAGUGGAACGCUGAGGCUGGUGGAGAAGCGACUGCGGGAAAUAAUCCACGAACCCAAAGGAAUGAAUCCCUAAUGGUGGAAUUUCAGGCCUCAGUGACAGGCUGAACCCGGACUCACAGGGCCCAAGCUUACACCUGACAAAUGAUGGCCUGAGCUAUGAGCAAACAGGACUAUAUGAACACUUCGGUGCAAGAACCCCCUCUUGACUACUCUUUCCGAAGCAUCCACGUGAUUCAAGAUAUGAUAAGCGAGGAGCCAAGGUCAGGACUACGACCACUAAAGCACUCAAAGCAGUCGGGGAAAUCACUGACCCAGUCCCUGUGGCUGAACAACAAUGUCCUCAGUGACCUCAGAGACUUCAAGCAUGUGGUUUCACAGCUACUGGAGCACCCAGAGAACCUGGCCUGGAUUGACCUGUCUUUUAAUGACCUGACUUCCAUUGACCCUAUUCUGACAACUUUCUUCAACCUGAGUGUCCUCUAUCUUCAUGGCAACAGCAUCCAUAACCUGGGAGAAGUAAAUAAGCUGGCUGUCCUCCCUCGGCUCCGAAGCCUAACACUCCAUGGGAACCCCAUAGAGGAAGAGAAGGGGUAUAGGCAGUAUGUGCUGUGCUCCCUGCCUCGUAUCACCACGUUCGACUUCAGUGGAGUCACCAAAGCAGACCGGACGACUGCUGAAGUAUGGAAACGUAUGAACAUCAAGCCCAAGAAGGCCCGGAUUAAGCAUAAUGCACUCUGACAUUACCAGACCCUGCAAGUCCUAAAAGCCUGACAAUGGUCAUUUUGAUUAGACAAUAAAUAGUUAAGCUGUUCUGCAAGUUAGAAGUCCCUUGUACUGUGUAUAAUGUCCUCCAACUCAGGCAACUUCCAGCAGCUCUGUUCUUAUUUCACUGAAGUCGAGGCAGUGGAAUUGAAAAUUAUGUCAGCUUGGGACAUAGAAGGCCAGACUUCGUUGUAUGGCCUCAGACACUUACCUAAUUUCUCUUAGGCUCCUUUUGAGUCUUCAGAUCAGAUAUCCUGGGGUUAGAGUUGAGUGACUUCCAAAUUUCUCAGAGCACCAACGUUUAUAGUGAGUGAGCCUCAGAGGUCUCAUCAGAAAGCCAAGGAGAAAGACUGUGAUCUCUGAACUCCACUUCGAUCAGAUCAGAGUGGCUCUCACAUGUUCUAUAUGUUGAUAUUCUGGCUAAGAUUUCAUAUAAUAGAAGGAAUUUUUUGCUUGAAAACAUACUCUUGCUCACUCCCUAUCAAGUGCUCCUGGUCUACCUGCACCUCUCACCCCCAACCCCGAGACUUGUGGUAAUUCCACUGAGUCUGAGACAGGGUCCCCAACAGUGACAGCUGCCUUGGAUUCAGGUUUGUUCAGCUCUUAUGGUAUUCCCACUACUAAAGAAAAGAUAAAAAUCCAAUGUGAGGUCAGUUCAGGCUGAGUCUCAGCUAAGACCUGGGGGCCCUAAACCCUUAUUCUUUGGAUUCUUCUU